UUCUUCAUUUUACGGGAGUUUUUUUUUUCAACUUCAUGGACUUAAUCAUUUUGUUAUAGAUUUUAUAACGUUUUCUCACAGAGCCUACUGAAUUAGUUUAGGAAGGAAUAUAUUGGAAUGGAAUCGUCUUGUCCAUCUAUCUGUCUGUGGACAUUGUUUAGUCCUACAUUCUCAACACACCCUGGAGCUACAAAACACUCUUAAUGACGUGGUAGGACACCCCCCCCCCCUUGAAAAAUCCAACGAGGGGAAGGGGCGGUUUUAGUUAUGAUUGUUAUGAUUAUAGUAUAUAUAAUUAUAAUUCCAUUAUACCACUCUGGAUGACUUUUUUUAGACUGAUUUUUUGAUGAUCUUGCAGAUUCUGAUGUGUGUUGUGUGUCACUCUCAUAUUGAUACUGACAUCGUUUAAAUCUCGUGAUACAACUAUUGUGCCUUUCAAAUUCCGUCCUAUUGUACCUUUCUAAUUCCGUCCUACAUAUUAAUUAGGCAUUAUUGUUAAUGAAGUGAUAACUGUUUUGUUAUAGACAAUGAAGAGUAGUUCAACAUAUGUACACAAUUAACCAUUUUUGUGUACUAUGUUGAGUUUUUAAUAUAUUUUUUUGUUUUUAUUUAUCUAUUUAUUUAUUUAUGCGAUGCUGCUGGAAAUUAAAAUGGAUAUUGGAAGUACAUAAAGCUUUGAUGAGAUAUUGAAGAAUAUUUUGAAGUGUUUCUGAAAUGUGACAUAUAUAUAUAAAGGUGUUUAACAGGAACAAAGUCUCUCGUUAUCAUUUCUUGUGUUAUUGAAGAUGUUAUAAAUGUUUUGUUUUCAUUCCAGUAAAUUAGAUAAUUCAUCAAAUAUCUUGUUUUCUUUUUACUGUUGUGGGUAUUUAAAACGAUCGAAAAACAAAACCAAGCAAUACUUAGAAGUUCGUUUGGCAAAGUGCACUUUUGAAUGUCUAGGAGAUUCUGGUAUAAUGGGUUUGUGUUCUCAAAAUAGACUGUCGUGAUUGGAAUUGUUUAGGCGCAUGACCAUGUGUACUGUGUAUCGCUUUUAAAUGUUUUUUAAACUGGGCACCGAAAGGAUUAUAUACAUACAUGUACAUGGUACUUUAUGAUCCAUUGCUCACUGAUUAAAAUGGAUAUGUUUUACCAAGUACAUAAUUAUUAGAAACGUAUUCUCGUCAUACGUUUAGAUUCAUCUGGAGGGCUGCUGCAAUUUAUUUUGCGGUAUUUCCAACGUCAACAAUUUUAAAGAUAAAAAUAUUUUAAGGUUUAUUUUGAAUGGUUGGUUAAUUUGAACUGUACAUGUUCAGCAUAAUGUGGUUUACAGGUAAAACUUCGAAAGAUAUACUUUUGAGAGAAGGGGGAAAUAAUUAAGGAAUUUGUAGACGGAACAAAUGGUUUAUCGAUACUCCACUGCAGGGGGUUUAAUGAUUUCUUUUUGCGUUUAUUCUACCCAGGUCAUUGAUUUUUACCUGUUGGAACCCCAGUUCAGUCUCCAGCGCACAAAUCGAUAUCGUUUUACCUUUAACGCCUAAACUUGUCUGCUUUGGAUCUAAGCUGAGGCAAAAUUGAAAAUAUUUCGUAGGUGAUAAAAGGGACGUGAUAUUCAUCAACAGAUUAGCACCAACCUACAAAAUACCCUGUAGAAUUCACGCGAAUGUGACGUAACAAUUUGUAGAUGUUAUAACAACAGCUUAACAGUGUACAUGGACACUUAAAAUGGCGGAAUUUACUUCUAAAUGGACUUUUCUAGUGUUAUUCUGUGUUGCCAUUUCUUGGAGUGUCGUUGAAUGUCUACGAGUUGAUGGUAGUAUAGUGACGACUGAGGAUUGGGUGUUUCUUUCCAGGUUCUGCUACAUGAGCAAAAGUGGUAAAUUGGAAUAUGUCAUCCAGUUUCCUAAGUCCUAUGAAAGGCAGCAUCUAUUGUUCUACUAUGAUCGACCGACCAUAUGGGAAAAUGUGUACCCAAGUUCCAAGACUUGUGAGCAGAAAAAAGCUGUUCUGGAUAUCUCGCGGGGACAGAUUCUUCCCUUAAGUCCAUUAAAUUCUUACUCUGGGUGUAAAUACAUCGAUAUCAGUGGCGUCCAAUAUGUGGAAUGCACGGAUACACAGAAGUUUAGCUCAUCACGUGACAUGUGGUGGUACCUCGUGCUCAGUCGAUGUCCUAGUGAUAGAGAAAAUGCGGCACUUGAAGGUUUGAAUAUCAGCUUCCGGUUCCAUAUGACGAAUGGUGAUGACCUGUGGCACAAAGAGUUCUCAGCAGAUGAAAUGUAUAUUUUGCCGACAGACAUAGCCUUCUUGGUUUUGUAUUUCUUCAUCACCAUUAUAUCCAUGGUAUUUGCAAUUAUUUUGAGGUCCAAACAGAUGUUCCACGUGACCUACAAGAUUUACCUGACGUCACUGCUUCUGUGGUGGUUUCACCUGUUAUUAUAUUGUAUUGCUUAUGGCAGAUACUCGUCGUACGGAUACAAAGAAACGGCCACUGAGCGCGCAGCCCGAGUGUUUGCAGCUCUGAGCUCACUGCUGUUUAUGCUGAUGCUUUUACUGAUGGCGGAUGGAUACACCAUCAUUAAGGGCAAAAUGACCUCAAUGACCGUCGUCUUAUUUUCCAUUUUCUUCACCGUGUACGUCGUAGCCUACGCCACACUUUACAUCGUAGAGGCCAAUACAUUCGAUCCUGGCACGGUGUUGUACAUCUAUGAAUACUGGCCCGGGUACGCCCUGAUCACCCUCCGCCUGCUGGCCUGGGUCUUCUUUGUGGUGUAUCUCUUUAUGACGCUGAAGAAACACAGGAAGAGCGGGUUAUUUUACUACCCGCUAUUUAUCAUCUAUACACUCUGGUUUUGGGCAGGUCCAAUUGCUAUUAUAAUCGCCAUGUUUGCCAUAAAACAAUGGGCAAGAGAAAAGAUUGUCAAUGGCGUCGAUCAAAUGAUUAUGAUGUUAGGCCAUGUUACCUUUUUGAUACUCACCAGGCCAUCUGCUGCCAAUAAAAAUUUCCCCUACACAGUGCGAACAACACAGAUUGGGUUCCUCGGUGAUGGAGACUUGGAUAAACCGAACAACUAUGAAAUAUCAGAAGAGGAAUUGCAGGCUAAAACAGGACCAAACCUUAAUGAUAUAUUUACUGUUUCCCAAACUCGUAAAGAACCAUCAGCACCCAGAGAAGAAAGACCGUCAUCUCGGACGCGCUUAUCGCGGCCAUCAACGGAAGAAAGUCUGUCAUCUCGAACCCGACUGACAAAUCCAGCAUUUCAGGAGAGCGAGGCUUCUACGUCAGCAGGCGAGAGUGACAAUGACACUCCUCCUCCGUCCUACACAAGUCUGACAACAAACGAGUCAUCGUUACCACCACUGAAUCAUUUCGUUACCAGCAAUGCGUCACUUCCGUCUCGGAAAAAUGCUCUUCCUCCACUUAAUAUCGAUCAGAGACCAAAGAGAGGUAAUGCUCUCCCUCCAAUAAAUCCCCAAGAAACUUGAUAAGAUAUUUACUGCUCAAAAUGGACAUUAAACACGAUGGUAUCAACGACAUUGAAAGAGUAAAGAAAAGGAAGUGAUAUGACUGUAUGUCCAAAGGAAUGCUGGGAAGUCACGAUGAUUUGAGGUGCUGAAAAAAUACUUAAUGCUGUGAUAAAGAUUUCUUCCGCAAUUAUCGAUUAUAUACUGUUUGUGUGCUGUUUGAAUUUAUGAUUGAAUUGUGGGAUGGAACUGAGUGCAGUGUACAUCUUGCAAUAUAAUUUCAAAUAUAAAAAGCCCUACUUUUGUAUCGGAUAAUUGUGUAAGUUAUCUUUGUGCAUCACGCUAUCCCAUUCUCGUAUACAUCUGCGGUAUACAAUGCUGAGUGAACCGUCUUUUUAUUUUUGAACUGUGUACGUUUUGUCUACAGUGCAUUGUCUCUACAUAUGAUGUAAUCAUUUUCCGUUCGUGUAACACAAACAUUGAUUUGUGCCUUACUGUAUCUCAAAAUUUACUUAGAGUAAAAUAUGAUUCGUGUGUGGUUUUUGUUUGAAGCAGUCUUCUCUGAAUGUUACAUUAUAUACAUGUAUAUGAUUAUAAUGUGGUAAGUUGUAUUUUAAUAGUAUCUUUUUCCGGUGAAAGUAAACCGACUUGCUGUUAUGGAGAGUGGUGAAAGUGCUAAUGCAUGUUUCUUUCUAAGUCUCCCAAGGCAUUAAGAGAAUGAAGUUUCUAGCAGAUAUUAAAUAUUGGCAUAUGGCUGGUAUUUAAGUUAGAAAUGAAAUGCUCAUGUGUGUUUAUGAACUCUGUUUUAUGUAGAAGUGAAACCAAAAAUGGCAAAUUAUUUUUAACACCCUGUUCCGUCCUUGUUUUUUCCCCCAGCUUUACUGUGAAAUUAUGAACCGUCAUGUGGAAUAUUAACGUUGAAUUAUGAACCGUCCCAUGGAAUAUUAACGUUGGAUAACUUUGUUUAUUUAGUUUUGUUACCAUAUUUCAAACGUUUACAAAUAAAACAUCAAUUCUGUUA